CUAGCGAGCAUGACUGAAAUGAGAAUUUUAUCAAAAGAUAACAAUAUAUUAACCAAAAGUUAAUAGAAUCAUUUACAUUUGGUACAAAAUAAUCAUUAUUAAUCUCAACCAUUUGAUGCCGAAUUGGACAACUGCAUUUAUUCCACUAAUGACUAACACUUCUUUUAAAAUCCAGUGGGGCAUAUUGUUAUAUUAAUAGAUAAAUGGGUAAAUGGUGCUCAUUCUACGUAGGGAUAUGGAUGUGGAAAUGACACGUGGGAUUAUAUUUUCACCAUAAUCAUUCAAAUUAGAUUCAAAUGGGGGGCAUCAAUCUAAUAUUAUGUUCAUGUAGGGGUAUAAAGGAAAAUUUCUAUUUUUGUUACUUCCUCAGCUACAAUUAUGUUGGACCAGACAAGUCUCUCUCUCCAUGCAUGUUUGCGGUUACGAACUUCAAUUCCCCCUACUUUCUCUCUCAUCCCACACAUAAGACCUAGUGCCCCUACCCCACAAAAAAUUUCCAACAUUUUGUCUAAAUUUGUUGAAGGUUUCUUGUCUCCCUUCCUUCAGGGUGGAUGGGACACAAGAAUCUAUUGCGUCAUCCAUCCUAGUUUUGACUUAAAUUGAGGAGUUCUAUAUACGCAAAUUUGAGAAUCAAAACUCAUAGAGGUCGGGUUUUUUUCAAUUUUUUAUAGGAUUUGCAGGUUUUCUUCUUGUUCAUCUCUUUUUCCUCUCUAGUUUUGAGGUGGAACAAAGAAUGGGAGUAGAUUACUACAACAUAUUGAAGGUGAGUAGGAGCGCAAGCGAUGAAGACAUCAAGAAAUCGUAUCACAGGCUUGCCAUGCGAUGGCACCCCGACAAGAACCCCAAAAACAAGACAGAAGCUGAAGCAAAAUUCAAGCAAAUAUCUGAGGCAUAUGAGGUUCUCAGUGAUACACAAAAGAGGAUGGUAUAUGACCAACAUGGGGAGGAAGGUCUCAAGGGUGGUUCAAUGGCGGCACCUGAAUCCAAUGGUCAGAAUUCAUUUGGAUUCAACCCUCGUAAUGCCGAAGACAUAUUUGCCGAAUUCUUUGGGAGCAGCCCGUUUGGGUUUGGCUCCGUUGGUGGAAGGUCAACACGAUACCAUGGCGAUGGUGGGUUUGGGAUGCCUGAAAGUACAUUUCGGACCUUCUCUGAAGGGGUUGGGACCUUGCAUGCCGGACCCAGCCUUAGGAGAGCCGCACCUUGUGAGAACAAGCUCCCAUGUAGCCUAGAAGAUCUCUACACAGGGUCCACCAGGAAGAUGAAGAUCUCUAGAUCAGUUGUGGAUCAGUCCGGACGGCUCAUUCCCGAGGAGGAAAUCCUAACAAUUGAUGUGAAACCUGGGUGGAAGAAGGGCACUAAGAUCACAUUCCCCGACAAGGGCAACGAUCGCCAAGACCUCAUCUUCAUCAUCGAUGAGAAGCCACACCCUACAUACACACGCGAUGGCAAUGACCUUGUUGCUAACAUUACCAUGUCCUUAGCUGACGCUUUAGGGGGCACCACUGUCUCCCUUGUAACCCUAGAUGGGCGCCAACUCUCGAUCCCGGUUAACGAUAUCAUAACCCCAGGCUAUGAGAUCAUAAUUACAAAGGAGGGCAUGCCCUACGUGCGAGAGCCUAGACGUAGGGGCAACCUAAGAGUCAAGUUCAAUGUCAAGUUCCCAUCACGGCUCAGUGCAGAGCAGAGGUCCGGCAUCAAGCGACUACUAGGUGGCACUUGAUAUCUCAACAAAAACAGUGAUGUUCACAUGUAUUAUAUGUGAAGUUUUAUGCAAUACCCUCCCUUGUCUCAACAAAAACAAAAAUAGUGUUCACAUGUAUUCUAUGUGAGGUCUUAUGGAUUACGCUCCAUUGUAAUGGGGAGCUCCAUCCAUAUUUACUCUC